AUGCGGCUUCCAGUUCGUGGACAUUCAAGUUCUUCCGGGUCUGAGGAUCUAUCGAAACAACCUGGUGUAGUAAGUGCAGAUAUCUUACGUGCUGCAUGGACCAAGAAGACAUUGGCAGCCGCAUUUGUUGCCUUGGCAUUCACAACGUUUAGACAGACAUUAGAACAGUAUACGACAAAGGUCUACACGGCCUAUGCUACGAGUGACUUUUCGAAACACUCUCUACUCACAACCUCUGAUGUCCUUGAGAAUAUCACUACAAUCGUGGCGUACCCCAUCAUUGCCAAGUUAUCCGAUGUCUUUGGGCAUACCGAAGACCUUGUUCUGAAUAUUUGGCUGAUGGCCCUCGGCGAGAUUAUGAAGGCCGCAAGCCUCAACGUCCAGACGUGGGUGGCCGCUGGAGUCUUUUUUACCAUGGGAGAUACCACUGUUCCUGAAACCAUCGCUUUGGUUCCGAGAAUUUACAUUAGUAGCAUCAUUGACGGUGCCGUUCUCGCCGGUCCAUACUGGCGGUGGGGAUACGGGAUGUGGGUGGCCAUACUUCCCGUAUCCGCUGCACCCCCUCCUUCUUAUCCUCUUGGCUCUCGAUGCUCUCUACAUGACGAUCCCUCAAAUCCCACCACGGUGAUGAAAAUAUGGAAGCUUAUGUGGAUCGAGUUGGACUUCGUCGGUGUCAUUCUGCUCGUAACAUCGUUAGCGUUGAUUCUCAUUCCAUUAACUCUGACGGGCACAGAUAGUCUGCAGACCUCUCCAGGAAUCAUCGUCAUGAUCGUCAUCGGAGCGGUUAUUUUUGCGGUGUAUAUUUCCUACGACGCAAAGAUUGUUACCAAGCCUUUGAUUCCAUAUAGGCUUGCAAGGGAGUAUACCUUGGUGUUUGCUUGCAUCACCGAAAUGUUGGACUUCCUCCAUGACGCCACCUUCACAUCUUUCUUUCCCUCAUUUCUCCAGGUUGCCGCUUAUCGCUCUGCGACCACAGCUUCUCAGAUAGAUAAUGCGCACCGUUGGUGCUACUACCUCGGCAUCCCAUCCAUACUACUCGGUCAAGGAUUGUUGAUAUACUUCGUCCUGCCAGGCCGGGAAACCACCGCCGUAGAAUUCUGUGUGGCGAAGAUUCUCGUUGGUAUUGGGAGAAGCUUUUAUAAGCCCGCGGGCCAGGUUGCCGUACAAUCCCUGGCAAGACAACAGGAUGUUGCAGUUGUGGUUGAGAUUAUUCUUGCUCUAACUUCUCUGGGCGGUGCUAUUGGUUCUGCGAUUUCCGGUGCUAUUUGGAGUAACAUGCUGCCAUCGUGCCUUGUGGAGAAUUUGCCCGAGGAUUACAAAGAUCAGGCGUCAACGAUAUUUUCUUCCAUCAAAGUCGCCAUGAAAUAUGCUCGGGGAACCGAGCCGCGCGUUCCGAUCCCUUGUCCGAGUGUCCGUCCGUACAUGCAAGGGGGAGACGUCGUACGGGACGCCAUUGUAUUGAGCUACAAGCAAGUUCAGAGGAUUUUGACUAUCGUUGCUUUCACCGUGAUGGUUCCCAAUCUCCUGUUCAUGUUCUUUAUCCGUGAUGUCAAAUUGUCGGACGAUAUGACGUUAGUAGAUCAUGGGGAGGAUACAGCUGUGGCGAGUCAUAAAGAUGGCGCAACGAGUGUUACAAGGAGCGACGAGAAACGAAGCGUAGAGGAUGUUAAGAGUUAA